AUGCUAGGACAGUUUUUCGACCAAUUCACGCGCCAGGACUACAUAUCGGACCACAUUUGGAAAACCAGCAGCCACUGA